UCCUCCUCGUCAACAUGGCUGCCAUCAGGAGCGGGGUGACUCCGGGUGGAAUAGCAAGAUGUUUCUUAAGACAGACUGGAAAACCGAGUCGGGGCAAUCAACCCGUGUCAAAUGCUCGGAACCACCGGUUGCUCCAGGUGUCUCAGCUGCACACAGUGCUUGGUUGCAGCACUCCCCUCAGCAGGCUUCAGCUGCGCUGCAGACAUCAGGCAAAGUUCCUCUGGGUGAACGCGGUGGCCGUCAGACACAACAGCUCACAGAUUCCUACUGAUCACGAAUCCAUGGCUACUUCAGAUGUAGAAAUUAUUAACAGCCCCCCUGUCCUGGAGUCGCCCUCCGUGUCUCUGCUUGCUGACCCCAUCCCCGUCGUUACACAGACAGCUCCUGAGCAGGUCCAAGUUGAGACAGUUUCCCUGGUGCCAUCAGUAGCAGACGCCGCUGCUCCUCCUCUUGUCCCAGAUCCCUCCUCUGUGUUAUCGCAGCCUGUCAGUGAGCAAGUUUCUGAUGUGUUACCGACUGCCGUGGACGUUCUCCAAGCUGUGGCUGCAGAGCCUCGGUUGACAGAACUGGGACUGGGUGGUCACACACCAGUGGGUUUCAUUCAGAACUUGCUAGAGUACAUGCACAUCGACAUGGGUCUGCCCUGGUGGGGAGCUAUUGUUAUAGGAACGAUUGUGGCUCGUAUGGCCGUGUUUCCAGUCAUCGUGAAGGGCCAGAGGGAAGCGGCCAAACUCAACAAUGUGCUGCCUGAAAUCACGAAAUUAACCAACCGAAUGAAUGAGGCCAAACAGAGUGGAAACAAAUAUGAAUUUGCCAAAACGUACUCUGAUCUGAACUUAUUCCAGAAAAAGCAUGAUGUGAACCCUCUCCGCGGCUUCCUGGUUCCUUUGGUGCAGGCACCAGUCUUCGUCUCCUUCUUCAUCGCUCUGAGAAAGAUGGCUUAUCUGCCUGUUCCCAGCAUGCAAACAGGAGGCUUGCUCUGGUUCACUGACCUGACGGCAGCAGAUCCGUUCUACAUUCUUCCUUUUGCUGUGACUGGGACCAUGUUCUUCAUCCUGGAGCUUGGUGCAGAGUCUGGUAUCGACAACCCCAAUCUGCGAGCCAUGAAGACCGUGUUCAGGAUCAUGCCUUUAGUCAUCCUCCCGCUUACCAUCAACUUCCCCACAGCGGUGUUCACCUACUGGCUGACCUCUAACUGCUUCUCCCUGUGUCAAGUGGCCUUGCUCAGACACCCUUACAUCAGAGAUAAGUUGAAUAUUCCCGAGAGGAUCAAACAUCCAGCCUCUGCAAUGCCACAGAAUGACGGUCUAAUCGAGAGCAUGAAGAAAGGCUGGAAGAACGCUCAGCUGGCUCAGCAGUUGGAGGAGAGGGACAGAAGAAUAAAGAACCACCUGGACAUUGCUGCUAAAGGUCCACUGAGGCAGACGUUUACACACAAUCCUCUCCAGCAGACGCCUCCCACGGCUGCAGCAUCUGCCAAACACAAGCCAGCGGACGGCAAGGCCAGGCCAUGGAAGGACACUAUUGGAUGAACCCGAGAUGCUGUUACUUAUAGAUUGUGUACAUAUUUAUUCAAAGAAGAGGGAAUUUCAGAAUGUCGUAAUGAUUGAGUGUUAUUCUAAGAAAAAUAUAAACAGCCCCAAAAGAG